CUCGGAGUUUGGAAAGCACAUGCGGUAGUCACUGUUCUAUGAGGUACCGUUCGCUUAAAUUACGCAGGACGCUCAAAUUAUACGGGCCCUGAUUGUUGGAUAACGGAGUGCGCUAUACAGUUUGUUUGAGCAUUCACGGUGAAUUCCAGUAGUCUCUGAUAAGAAAGGGUCAUUGAUUAAGGACGAUGUGGGUUAAACAGGCACCACGAGCGCUCAUUUCCCGUAUGCGCGCAAUCUCCACCCAAUUUGCUCCUGCAGUUGCUGCACAGUCAGAAAUGGAUGAAGCCCAUGAUCAUGAAGACCAGCCCAUAUGGGGGAUGUCGAACCCGUACGAUAAGGAACGCAGGGAGUGCCUAUUAUGUGCUCACAAAAUUGUUAUUGACUAUAAAAAUGUACAGCUUAUCUCACAGUUUGUGUCGCCACACACUGGCAAAUUGUAUGAUAGGCACAUCACUGGUCUGUGUUUGCAACAGCAGAAACGUUUGCAAAAGGCACAUAUAAUGGCUAAAUCUCUUCUCCUAAUGCCGGACUACUUUAAAGAUCUUCGGUUCGUCAAGGAUCCCAAACUAUUCGACCCAAUGCGGCCGCAGAGGAUGAAUCCGUACUAAGCGAGUCGUUCUUGAUAAAAUUUCGAAUCUGGCAAGUUGCGGUUGUACGGGCUACCACAUAUAAUACAAAAAAUGGAUGAAUAUAUAUCAAAUCUGAGAGAAAAAGGAAUUCUGUAUAUAGGGCCGUCAAUUUUCAAUUGUAGAAGAAUUGUAAUAAAGCGGUACAUGCAUUUUUACUGUAACUAUUAAAAUAUAAUGGGCUUUCCUGUUAAUGCAGCUGAGCGUAGAUAAAAAAAAUAUGUGGAGUUGAAAUAAAUGAAAAAAAUAUAUAGUUGUACAAUUCUUUUGUCGAUUUCUACAGAACCUAUUAUUUACAUCGAUAUAAUGUA